CAAAACGGAGCUUUUUGGGGCCAGAUAAAAACCAGAGGCAGCCAAAGCACCAUGGAUGGCAGCCCGGGCCAGGGAAAAGCUGAUGUGCUGCUGCAUGUCUGGACCAUCGUGUUAUGGGGUGUCUUUUACUUGCUCAAUGUCACUGCGUCAGCUCCGCAUCACCUGGGGGAAGACUUUGUGGUGGCCUUCAUGCAAAAUGGUUUGCAGCAGACCCUCAACAGCGACUUCAAGCUGCUCAUCACAGGUUAUUCGCCCUUCACGUCCGUAACCAUCUCCAUGAAGAAGCCAGGCUUGAGAAUGACGGUGCAGGCAACCACGGGCCAAACCAUCCUGGUGAAGAUCCCACCCCAAGCAGAGAUGGUGGGAAGUAAAACCUUCGACAACACUGUGGUGGUGAGGGCCAACAAUGCCAUCUCCUUGGUGAUGGUCAAUGAGAAACCCACCUCGAUUGACUCAGCCGUGGUAUACCCAGUGCACAGUUGGGGCACGGAGUACCACGUUGUGACGCCCAACGUGGGCACUGACCGCUAUGGCGAGUUCGUGGUGGCCGCCUGGGAUGAGCCCACCACAGUUGACGUGCACCUCAAAGCCACGGUGACCUACCAAGGCCGGUCUUACCCCCGGGGCUCAGUGCUCCCCAUCAGACUGGAGCCCUUCCAAGCAGCCCAGCUCCAAAGCCCGUCUGAUAUGUCUGGCACAAGGGUCGUGGCGCAGAAACCCAUGGCCGUCUUCACCGGCCACACUUGCUUGGCCAGGUUCGCCCACUGCGACCAUUUGGUGGAGCAGCUCCAGCCCGUUUCCAGCUGGGGCACUACCUUCAUCGUGCCGCCGUUGCCUUUCGAGACUCAGUCUGAUAUCAUCUACGUCUCCACCUCCCAGCCGACACGCGUGGAGUCUCAACACGGGGUGACCAAGACCGUUCGGGAGCUACGGCCCAGCCGGUCAACGCUCUAUGGACUCCAAGCCUUGAAUACCUUGUACCUCUCUGCCAACGCUGGCAUCCAGGUCAUUUUUUUUGCCGACGGAGGUAAUAAAGAUGCCAUUUCUUAUGACCCCUUUUUUAUGACCAUCCCAGAUGUCUCCAGCUACUGCCACUCCUAUAACGUCUUUGCCCUGGACGGUUAUGAUAAUUACGCCCUGCUGAUAGCCAAGACCUCGGAGACGUCUGGAAUGAUGCUCAACAAAAUGCCGUUGAAAAAUGUUGUGUGGAAGCCCGUCCGGGGCACCGAUUACUCCUGGGCCGGGCAGAGUUUGGGCAGUCAAUUCGCCGUCCACACGGUGGAGCACAAGACGUCCCCCUUUGGGUUGCUCAGCAUGGGGAUCCGGGAGCAAAAAGCCUACGGGUCGGCGGCUGUUUGCGACAGCGAUCCCUGCCGGCUCGUGAAAUGCCGCACGAAGGAGACGUGCAAGAUGGAGAAGGGGGAGGCGGUGUGCGUGCACGACUACAUGGGAACCUGUAUGGGGUCGCAGUCCCUGCAAUACCACACCUUCGACGGGAUGACCGUGGACAUCCGGGGCGGCUGCACCUACACCAUUGCCAAGUAUUGCGGCAACGAGCCCACCCUGGUGCCUUUUGUCGUGGAGGAGAGGAAGAGCGAAGGCAAUUUGAAGGAGUGGUUGUCCAACAUCUACGUGUACGGCUACAACAUCUCCAUCCACAGGGGAGAGGGAGGCAAAAUCCAGGUCAACAACAAACUCACCAGCCUACCAGCCACCCUGGAAGCGGGGAAGAUGCAGAUCUCCCAAAAUGAGGGCCGGACCAUUCUGCAAACAGAUUUUGGGCUACAGGUGACCUACGAUGAAGACUGGGCCAUAAUGGUGGCGGUGCCCAGCAGUUACUUCGGGGCCACCUGUGGACUCUGUGGCAACUUCAACGAGGACACGGAGGAUGAGACGACACUUUCCGAUGGCACUCAGGCUGCCAGUGUGGAGGACUGGGCCGAAAGCUGGCGAGAUCCCUCCUGCCAGGAUGAUUGUGGAGGCCAGGAGAUGCUGCAGGACACAGCAGGCUGUGCUCAGAGAUGUCCCAAAAACAGCCACUUCGAGGCCUGUGGGACGGCGUGCCCUGCCACCUGUGCCGACCCCAAAGCCCCCGCGUCCUGCAGCGAACCGUGCAUGGCGAGCUGCCAGUGCAACGAGGGCUUCGUCCUCCACAAUGGCACGUGCGUCCCAGUGGAGACCUGCAGUUGUUUCCACAACGGCCGCUCCUACAAGGUCCGGGAAGAGUUUUGGGAGGAUGGGAGCUGCCAGAGCCGGUGCCGAUGCGAGGUGGGGGGCAAGGCAGCUUGCAAGAAGGCUGGGUGCAAGGCCCAUGAGAAAUGCGUCACGGUCGACGGUGUCCCCAGCUGCCAGGCGAACAAGUACUUUACCUGUAUUGGGACGGGUGACCCUCACUACACCACCUUCGACGGGUUGAAAUAUGACUUCCAAGGGACGUGCAUCUAUCAGUUCGCAGCGCUCUGCACCCAAGAUCCCACCCUGGUCCCCUUCACCGUCAAGGUGGAGAACAACAACCGGGGCAGCAAAGCCGUGUCCUUCACCAAAACUGUCACGUUGGAGGUCUACGGCAACGUCAUCAGCAUGAGCCAGGAGCAUCCGCGCAAGGUCAAGGUCAACGGUGCUUUCGUGGAGCUCCCGUUCACCCAGAAGGGCCAGUUCGAGCUCUACCACAGCGGCGUCCACGGCUUCGCCCGCACCGCCUUCGGCUUGCGGGUGAGCUUCGACUGGUACAGCUACGCCCGCGUCAUCCUCCCCGACGCCUACGCUGGCGCCGUCUGCGGCCUCUGCGGCAAUGCCAACCGCAACACCGACGAUGACUUCAUCACCCGUGAUGGCAAACAGGCUGUGGAUGAAAUCCAGCUGGCCGAUAGCUGGAAGGUGGGAGAUGUCCCCGGCUGCUCAGCCGGUUGUGUGGGGGAUUGCCCGGUGUGCAAUGAAGAGCAGAAACAGCCCUACCGCGGUGACAGCUAUUGUGGGGUGAUCGCCAGAGCUGGGGGACCCUUCCGGGCCUGCCACCGCGCUGUCAACCCUGCACCUUUCCUCGAGGAUUGUGCCUUUGACGCCUGCCACUACAAAGGCCACCGGGACACCUUGUGCAAAGCCAUCGCCGCCUACGUGACGGAGUGCCAGAGCCACGGCGUCAGCGUGGAGCAGUGGAGGACGCCAUCCUUCUGCGGCCCCUCCUGCCCCCGUCAUUCACACUAUGAGCUCUGCGGGAGCAGCUGCCCGGCCACGUGUCGGGGCCGAGCCGUCCCCGAGGGCUGCGCAUCGGUGCUGUGCACCGAAGGCUGCUUCUGCGACGAGGGCUUCGUCCUCAGUGGUGACGAGUGCGUGCCGGCGGGCGAGUGUGGCUGCGAGCACCGGGGCCGCUACUACAAGAAGGGUGAGGAUUUCUAUGCCUCGUGCCGGGAGAGAUGCCGUUGCAAAGCCAACAGGGUGGUGGAGUGCGAGGAGGUCUUCUGCAGCGCCCACGAGGAGUGUCGAGUAGAGGACGGGGUGCUGGGGUGCUACCCCGCUGGCUACGGGAGGCUGGUGGUGUCAGGAGACCCACACUAUGUGACCUUCGACGGGCGAGCCUUUGACCUCCUGGGCUCCUGCACCUAUGUCCUGGCGCGGAUCUGCAAGCCGGCGCCGCGGCUGACAAACUUCUCGGUGCUGCUGGAGCAUGACGUGGGCGGUCCGGGCAACGUGGCCCUGAUGAAGAAGGUGGUCAUCUCCAUCCACGGCUACACAGUCAGCAUGGAGAGGGGACGGAAAUGGGAGGUGAUGGUAGAUGGGGAGCGCUACACGCUGCCGCUAGUGACAGAGGACAGGAAGCUACGGAUUGGCCAAGAAGGGAACAACAUCAUCCUCCAGACCGCUGCCGGCCUCCGGCUCCUCUACAACGUGGUCACCUACCUCCUCAUCACCAUCCCCGACGCCUACCGGGGCCGCACGUGCGGACUGGGUGGCAACUACAACGGGGACCCCAGUGAUGACUUCCAGCUGCCCGGCGGGUCCCUGGCACAGAGCACCGAGGAAUUCGUCACCUCCUGGAAGAUGCCGAUGGAGGACGGAGCAUGCACCGAUGGCUGCAAGGGCAAGGUCUGCCCCAUGUGCAAUGCCACCAACACUGCUCCCUAUGGCGCCAGCGACUCCUGCGGGCUCAUCCGGGACCCGGCGGGACCUUUUGGGCCGUGUCACCCACGGGUGAGCCCGGUGGAGUAUUUCAACCACUGCCUCCAUGACGUCUGUGCUGCCGAC